AUGGUUACUGUCCGUACUUUUCUUGCAGUCGCAGCAGCUAGAAAUUGGGAGUUUCAUCAAAUGGACGUACAUAAUGCAUUCUUGCAUGGUGACCUUCAUGAGGAAGUCUACAUGCGAAUGCCUCCGGGAAUUUUUCUAUCUCAACGUAAGUAUGCUUUGGAUAUUAUCUCUGAAGUGAGAUUACUUGGUGCAAAACCUGUUCCUUUUCCUCUGGAGCAGAAUCACAAUCUCGCCUUGACAGAUGGGCCCUUCUUAUCUAAUCCUAAGCAAUACAGACGCUUGGUGGAGAGGCUUAUUUAUCUCUCAGCAACGCGUCUAGAGUUGUCUUAUUGUGUGCAUGUUCUGUUCCAAUUCAUGCAGCAACUGCAAGAAAGACAUUGGGAGGCUACAUUGCGAGUGGUGCGCUACUUGAAAGGAAAUCCUGGUCAAGGAAUUCUCUUGCGUUCAAAUUGUGACUUGCAGUUAUAUGCAUGGUGUAAUUCAGACUGGGCGAGUUUUCUUUUGUCCCGACGUUCUCUUUCUGGGUGGUUUAUUAUGCUUGGGAAAUCAUCGAUUUCCUGGAAAAUUAAGAAACAACACACUGUGGCUCGUUCUUCAGUGAAAGCAGAGUAUCGGUCUAUAGCCACGGCCACAUGUGAAUUAAAAUGGCUGAAGGGAUUGUUAUUGGCUCUUGGAGAUGAGAUUCAAAAUUGUUGCAUACGUCCUGCUUAUGUGUCGACUACUAUUAAGCUGACUGACAUUUUUACAAAGGCACUAGGUCACAGAGAAUUUGAAUACUUUCUCUGCAAGUUGGGCAUUCACAAUCUGCAUGCUCCAACUUGA